UUUUGCCAGUAAUAUAUAGAGACUGUAGUCAAUAAUAGCGAGUAAAACAUAAAAAGCCUCUCUUUUUCUCCUUUUCACUGUCUUCAAUGCAGCGACUUUCUUUCUCUCUCUUGCUCACAACUCUUUCUUAGCUUCAAAACUUUCUCAUUCUCUUCCAUUCUCUCUCUCUCUACAACAAGCUGCAACCAAAUCCUGUGCUUAGCCCUGGUGCAAUUCCAUGGCAGUUGUUGUUCUUGCUGUGAUUUUGUUGGCUUUGGCUGGUCACUCAAGUGGGACAUGGUGUGUAUGCAGAGAAGGAUUAAGCGAAGCAAUGCUGCAAAAGACAUUGGACUACGCAUGUGGUGCAGGAGCUGAUUGUGGACCUAUUCACCAGAACGGACCUUGCUUUAAUCCCAACACCGUCAAGUCUCAUUGCUCCUACGCCGUCAACAGUUUCUUUCAGAAGAAAGGUCAGUCUCAGGGCACUUGUGACUUCGCCGGCACAGCCACCGUCUCAGCCUCUGAUCCCAGCUACACUUCUUGUCCUUUCCCUGCAAGUGCCAGUGGUAGUGGGACCACGACUCCAGUGACGACAACACCUUCGACAAGAGUCCCUACCACAACUAAUACAAGACCCUACACAGUCACACCAUCAACAGGAGGAGGAUUGGGGAUUCCUUCUGGAACAAGCGGUUUUAACCCGGAUUACACAGAUCCAUCUUCUGGAUUCAGACUCCAAAACCCAAGAGCCAGUUUAUUAGUAUCAAGAUUCAUAGUCUUGUUGUUCUUCACCUUCUUCUUACCACUCUACUUGUUGAGCUAGUGACAACAGACAACUAAGUUAUGUCCUUGCAUAAUUUGGGAUUUGUGGAUCAUGUGAGUGUGGGUCUCUCUCUCUCUCUCUACUGUAAUGAUGGAAUCUUUUUGGAGAGAGACAUUUCUGUGUGUUCCAUCUUUGUCUGCUUCUCCUAGCUGUUUCCCACUUGGCUCUGAAAAUUGUACAUUCUGAAUUUUAAGUAAGGAGACGGCAAAAUUUUAAGGUUA